UUCAUUUUUCAAACUUCUGAUAUGAAUAUGUGUUUAUUGUAGUCUGUGAAUUAUUACUUUUUUAAAAUCAACUUAUAUGAUGAUAUUUUGUUUCAUAUGUAUGUUCUAAAGUCUGAAAAGUUAUUUUGAAUUCCAAAUAUUUUAAACCAUGACUUCUGUGUUUCGUAGGCGAAUUGCUUCUCAAGUUGUUUCUACAUUGAAGCCAUUUUUAAAAGGAAAUGAAAAAGUACAUUUGUAUGAAAUGAUUCCUUUGUUGCUCAAAUUUCGUCAACCCAAAUGUUUGUCUCCUCAGUUUGAAUUGUCGUGGAAAGAUACUUUAGUUUUAAAACCUGAUCUGAAAGAAAGAGUUCAUCCUGCAACUGUUUUAACUUAUUUAAAGAAUCAAGACUUUCCAACUUCUGAAGGAAUUACAGAUGUUUUUUUAGAUUCUGUCAGCCAAGACCGAAUGAUUUUUACUUUUGAGCAAGAGAUAUUUACAUCUAGUGUUCUUUUGGACAUUUGUUCAAGAAUCGACAACAUGCCUAGCAAAAGUUCUUUCUUCAAAAAUAUUCCACCAGAAAAUGUUAUUGUUGAAUACAGUUCUCCUAAUAUUGCCAAGCCUUUCCAUUAUGGACAUUUUCGCUCUACAGUUCUAGGGAACUUUCUCUCAAACAUUUUCAAAUAUGUUGGUCACUCUGUUACCCAAAUGAACUACGUUGGAGAUUGGGGACUACAGUAUGGUAUUUUAGCUGUUGGCUUCAACAAAUUUGGAUCAGAAGAAAAAUUAAAAUGCAAUCCAUUAGGACAUUUACUUGAAGUUUAUAAAGAAGCAAAUGCCAGAAGCACUUCUGAUCCUGAUUUUAAUCAAGAAGCAAAGUUAUACUUCAAAAAAAUGGAAGAAGGGGAUAACCAGUGCUUGGAGCUGUGGAAAAAAUUGCGAGAACUCAGCCUGGAUGCUAUUCAAGCCACCUAUAAAAGGUUGAAUGUAUGCUUUGAUGAGAUUCACGGGGAAUCAAUGUUUGUUGAAGACACUAAAAAUAUGUGGGAUGAGCUCCUUAGCAAGAAGGUUGCUGCUUCUAAUGAAAAUGGCUGUAUCGAAACCACUAUAACAACUGAAAAUAAUCAAGAAGAAAAAGUAAUUUUAAGAAAAAAUGAUGGCACUUCUUUGUACUUAACCAGAGAUAUAGCUGCUGCAGUUCACAGAAAGCAAAAAUUUCAUUUUGAUUCAAUGUAUUACGUGGUGGAUUCAUCACAAGCCAAACAUUUUAGGCAUCUGAAGAGCAUAUUGAACAUGCUGGAUUAUAAUUGGUCGAGUAACAUACAUCAUGUUCCCUAUGGUCGUGUCUUGAAUUUUAGUACUCGUAAGGGUAAUGCUGUCUUUCUGCAUGAUAUUCUAGAUGAAGCGAAAAGCAGAACUCUUGAAAACAUGAAGAAAUCUUCUAACACAAAAGUAUCAGACAACAUGGACGAAGUUGCUGAUGUCCUAGGCAUUUCAUCCUUAAUCAUCAAUGACUUUCGCACCAGACGUCGAAAAGAAAGUGAAUUCAGUUGGGAGAGAACUCUGAAUAUGAAAGCAGAUUCUGGAAAUUCUUUGCAAUAUUGUCAUGCACGUUUAAAUAGUAUUAAAGAAAAUUGUGGAGUAGAGUUGUGCACAGAUUGUGAAUUACUGUCUCUUGUGGAACCAGAAGCAAUUUCCUUAAUCGAGCAUUUAGCCAAAUUUGAAGAAGUUAUAUAUAAUACUUAUACAGAACUUGAGCCUUGUAUCCUAGUUCAAUAUCUCUUUUCUCUUCGAAAUGAAAUUGGAAAAGCAAUUAAAGUUUUACCAGUUAAAGGCUCCAACAUCUAUGUUGCUAGAGCAAGAUUGCUCUUAUUCCAUGCAUCACAGCUAGUACUACAAAAAAGUCUACAGUUAGUGGGAAUAACUCCACUCAAUAAAAUGUAGCGCAAUAAAUGCCUUUUUCUCAGGAUGUCCUUGGAUCUACCUUUGCUGAUGAUCUUGUAUGGCGAAUAAUUUCAUUGAGUAAUGUAGCAUCAUUGUACAUAUCUAAUUUGUAAUUGUUUUUGC